UUAGCAGGGCCCUAUGAUCUUGUAUGAAUGACGUCAAUUACAGCUUGUUGGAAUAGUGUAAAGUGGAAGCCCUAUUUGUAGCUGUUCAGGAAGUUGUGUAGAAUUGCAUUCAUUAAUACAUUUGAAAUGAAGAUUUGGACGUCGGAACAUACGUUUAAUCAUCCAUGGGAAACAGUGGCUCAAGCUGCAUGGAGAAAAUAUCCAAAUCCUAUGAACCCAGCCGUCAUAGGUACAGAUGUAGUAGACAGGAAAGUUGUCAAUGGAGUUCUGCAUACACAUCGGCUUGUCAGCUCCAAGUGGGGCUUCCCACAGUGGGCACAGUCUAUUGUUGGAUCAACCAGUGUUUGUUAUGCCAGUGAACGUUCAGAAGUGAACCCAAGCACAAGGCAAAUGAUACUGAAGACAAGAAAUUUAACAUUCUGCAGCUACAUCGCCGUAGAUGAGACAGUAAGUUAUGCUCCUCAUCCUCAGGAUCCGACCAAAACUCUGCUAAAGCAAGAGGCUGUUGUGACGGUAAAAGGAGUGCCACUUAAUAGCUAUGUGGAAGACCUCCUGACCAAUAGAAUUUCACUCAAUGCAGGAAAGGGCAGACAAGCGAUUGAAUGGGUGAUUGACAAAAUUGACGCUGAAGUAAAAGAAAUUGCCAACACCGCAGUCAAAAGUACCGAUGAACUCUUCACGCACACGAAGAAGUCUUUCGAUGAUAUCACGUCAACAGCUCGCAAGUCGAUGGAUGAUAUAUCAUCUGCUGCAAAGAAGUCUUUGGAUGACCUACAAAAUCUGGCCAGUGUACCAACACGAACUAAACAAAAUUUACCAAAGAUUUAACAUUGAUUACGUUAGAUAAUUGUAAUUCAGACCGAUUCAUUUGUUAUAAGCAAAUGGUAUUAUAACAUUUUGUUUAGUUUCACAUGUCAUGAGUUGUAAGUUAAUUUGUAGGUUAUACAGUUCGACGUUGUACCAAAAGAAACAGACAAUAACGUGCCUUUCAUUGUAAAUUAUGGCGGUAUGGUUUCAUUAUUCAAGCUGUUUUAUCUCGCUCAUCCAACCCGAUCAGCCAAAGUAAGAGAGUUCAGGCUGGCUGGCCCAGCUGUUUGUAACAUUUUCUUGUAUAUUUUAUUUAAUUCUGAUGGCAGAACUGUGCAGAACAUUUGUAAAGACAUGUUAUGUUUACAGUUCGUGUUUCUUGGCAAAAUGUAACUGCUUUCAAAAAUUACAAAAUUUUUUCCAAUUUGCUUGUGAUCAUUGGUUUAUGCCGAAGAGAAAUUAACAAAGUAAAGAAUUUUUGCAACUUGAAGAAAAUAUAAAUGAAACAUUUUCUUUCUCAGUUUUACACGCAGCUUUCCAUUAAAUAAGUGGACUGAAAACUGUUUUGCACAUGUACAUCAAUGGUAACAUUCCUCAUAUCUGCACAGCUGAAGCAAACAGAAGUAUGUAUAUUUUUUAAUGCAGUUUUGCUCUCUGUUCAUAUAUCGCCGAGCACGCUUUGAUUAAGUAGCAAUGCUGUCUUAUAAUAAGUUAAAGAAAUGCUGUGCAUUUCCUACGCUACAAAAUUAAUUAUUAUUCGACGCUUCCACAGCACUCUGUAGAUAACUGUUGUGCAAGUCACGGUCAACCUUUACUGUGUGGGAACGGGAUUUAUGUCCCCCUGCCAGUUGGACUUUGGCUUGGCGUUAACCGCUCAGCUUCAUGCUAGUGUGAUGUACGGGACAGCUGGAUCGCGCAUGAGCCAUGUUGUAAGACUUGAGGUUCUCACAGCGGUAAGUAUGAAGAUUUCCGUCUUCUGGGUUGUUGCGCUGUGUAGUCUGGUCGAUGUUAACCAACGUUUCAGAGGUCAUACUGCCUCCGUCAUCGGGGCGAUGAAUAUACCCAGAAGACAGAAAUCUUCAUGAGCCAUGUUGCUCAGGUUGUAAAGGUUCAUAUUAGAAAUGGUACAGUAAGUUGAUAGUGUGACAUAUUGGAACAAUAGACAUGUAUGCUGUUUAUAAUAUGAUCUUGGGAGAAGAUUUUUAUGUUCCUGUACCAGUUUAACUAUUUUAUGGAAACAGUAAACAACUUUUAUCAUGGUCUGGACUGUAGCUGGUACUUAUUAUCUUUUGAUUUAAAAAUUGAAGGUUAUUGUGGAGAAUAUAUGCACUAGAGUAGAUGAACUUUUGUAAAUAGCUAAAAAGAGUGACCGUAUAUACUGAAAUUUUCCUUCACAGAUGUCUCUGUGAUGCAUUAUGUACAACAGAAAUACAGAUGAUAAACAAACUGACUUUUUCAA